AUGGCGCGGCGACUUGUUAAUGCGAUCCUUGGCGUCGCAGUAUUCUUUUUUCCAAAAACAGUAGAAUGUCUGGAUCCUAACAUCACCGUCCUCAAUGGCACUUAUGCCGGACUACAUUUACCUGCGUUCAACCAGGAUUUGUUCCUAGGCAUGCCAUACGCCCAAAACACCAGCGGCGAGAACCGAUUUCGGAUUCCACAGACCUUGACGGAAACUUGGCAAGGUGCACGUAGCGCAAAGCAAUAUGGACACGCUUGUCCGGACGAGAACAUUGAGGCAGACGGAGUCUACGGCAUGAGCGAGAAUUGUCUAAGUAUCAACGUCGUGCGACCUGCAGGCAUCAAUACAACAGAGAAGAUUCCUGUCAUGCUCUGGAUCCACGGCGGAAGCUAUCAAGUAGGCACGAGUGCGCUGCCGAAUUACAACCUGACCUAUAUCGUUCAGAGAUCUGUGGCCAUUGGGAAGCCUGUCCUUGGAGUCAGUAUCAAUUAUCGAAAAGGAGCAUGGGGAAUGCUGUACUCGAUCGAAAUUCAGGGAUCGGGCAAUGCCAACUUGUCCUUGAGAGAUAUGCGCAAGAGCCUUGAAUGGAUCCAGGAAAACAUCAAAUUCUUCGGAGGGGAUCCAUCUCGGGUAACAAUAUGGGGAGAAUCCGCAGGUUCAUUCGCCGUUGGACAAUUACUGCUAAGUUAUGGUGGACGUUCAGAUGGAUUGUUUCACCGUUCAAUCCAAGAGAGCGGCUCAGCAACGACGGCUUGGUAUAACGGCUCGGAUUGGUAUCAGCCACUGUACAACCAGAUCGUGAAUCAGGUCAAUUGCAGCGACACGCCUGACACUUUAUCUUGUUUGCGUGCUAUUGACUACGAUGUACUUUAUCCAAUCAUGAUGUCAUCUCAGUUUGCUGGCCCUGGUUUCUAUCCUACUGUUGACGGAGACAUAAUUCCAAACUAUCCCAGUACUCUCAUGGAGAUGGGCCAAAUUGCUGACGUCCCGCACUUGUAUGGCACAAACUCUGACGAGGGUACGGAUAAUGCACCAGUGGGGACAAUGAACACAGAUGAGGAUAUCCGCAAUUUCCUCCUGUACGAAAUUGGCUUCGAUUUUCCGGAAGCAGUCGUCGACAAGAUAAUGGAACUUUAUCCCAAUGAUCCUGCCCAGGGCAUACCUCUGAAUACUGGCAAUGAAACCUUUGCCGAGGAGGGUCUGCAGUACAAGCGCAUCGCCGCCAUCCUAGGUGAUGUGUUCUAUCAUGCACCACGACGACACGAUGCACAGCGCUAUGCUGCCCAUGCGCCGACCUUCACCUAUCGCUUCAACACUCGUGGUUUCGUCAACUCUACCAAUGCUACAUUUACCGAUUACUCAGGCGAGCUGCAGCCAGCAUACAAAGGCGUGUCUCACUUCACCGAAGUUGCCUUUGUGUUCUCGAACCCCCAGUAUGUAGGGCCGUGGCCAGAGUAUCAGGCUUUGAGUCGCCAGAUGAGCGCGCAGUGGAUCAAUUUUGCCUACUACGGAGACCCUAAUGGGGACUCUCUGCCCACGUGGCCGAAGUACAACGAGAGCAGCAACGGGCUCAAUUUGGUUUUGCAAACCGAAUCCCAAGGUGGUGCAUACGCUGAGAACGACACGUAUCGAUUGACUGGACGCGACUUUUUGACGACGUGGGCAAGAAGGCGACAUGUGUAA